AUGUCUAUCUGGAUGAGCCUCCUAGUGACUUUCUUUUUUUUGUUCAUUCUAGUUAAGUUAAUCAAGAGAUCUAGCUCAGGGAAGGUGGGUAGCAAAUUGCCGCCAGGUCCAUGGAAGCUGCCUUUCAUCGGAAACAUGUUAUCGAUGGUUAGUUCACAACUACCACAUCAAGUUCUUAGAAAUCUGGCAAGAAAACAUGGUCGCUUGAUGCAUCUUCAACUCGGAGAGAUAUCUUAUUUAGUUGUUUCGUCUCCUCAAAUAGCUGAAGAGAUACUCGUAAAGCACGAUCUCUCCUUUGCCAGCAGACCUGAACUGCUAGUCUCCAAGACCGUGUUGUACAACUCCUCAGACAUCGCAUUUUCACCCUAUGGCAAUCACUGGAGGCAGAUGCGCAAGAUUUGCUCCUUGGAACUCCUCACUGCCAAGAAAGUCCAGUCAUUUUCGUCAAUUCGGGAGGAAGAGGUCGGUGCUCUAAUGAACCAUAUUCUUUCAACUGCAGGAUCUCCUGUAGAUCUUUCCAAACAUUUUUUCACGUUCAUGAAUACUGUAACAUCAAGAGCUGCAUUCGGUACGAUCUAUAAGGAGCAGGAUCUAUUGAUUGAGUGUGUACAAGAACUUGCCGUUCUGGCUGGAGCUUUUGAUAUAGUCGAUUUGUUUCCUUCGUAUAAGUUUCUUCAUGUUUUUACCAGUAUGGGGUCCAAGUUAAAAACCCUUCAUCGAAACCUAGAUAUGACCCUAAACAGAAUCCUCGAUGACCACAAGAAGAAACCAGAACAUACAGAUGGAUGUAAAACUGGCAGGGAAGAUGAAGAUUUUUCUUGA